AUGCUCCUCUCCUUCAGCGACCCCCUGGACCGGCAGGCCUUGUGGGCGUGCGCCGUGCAGCAUUCUGCGUACUGCUCCAGGAUGCACGCACAGGAUCGACCAGUGAAGUGCCCGGCUUUCGGUGCGAAGGUCUGCGCUCGCAUCGAGGAUGCCCCUUCGUCCAUGUGGGCAGAGCGGGCGCGCGACGCCGUGUUCCUGGGCGUGGGCGCGGAGAGCAAAUGGUUGAUCGGGCGGAAGGACCUCGCCGCGAAACGACCUGAGCAGCGGACUCCGGUGGUGCUCAAGACGUUCGCGGCGAGGAUCCAGGAGCAGGAGGAGCUCAACCAAAUGGCGUUGAAGAGGCGCCACCUGUUGAAUCGACCAGCGCUGGAUCUCCGGAAGGUGCACUUCAUGUUGACCACGGUCUCGGAGGAGUCCUUGAAGGUCGCCCUCACCGCGGACGACGACAAUGCGCCUCCCGAGUUCACCAAGAUCGUGAAGGGCAGCGGGCUGAGCAUCGUCACGUGCGCGGAGAUCGCGAAGACGAUCGGGAUGACUAGGGAGAAGUGGCGAGCGGCACUCGAGAGCGAGCUCAACAGCCUGAAGGGCGGUUGUCUUCGCCCCCUCACGGCCUCGGAGGCGCACUCUGUAAAGCCUUCCGAGAUACUGCCCAUGAAGGUGGUUGCGGGGCAGAAGGCUCCAGACGCAUCUGGCUGUCGGCGCUUCAAGGCGCGCGGCUGCGUGUGCGGCAAUUUCGAGGCGGUGGGCCCCUCGGAGCAGACCUUCACGCAGAAUUUUGACAUUGCCAGCCUCCGCAUGGCGCUCGCCGUGUGCGCGCACCGUCGUUGGAGCGUGUCGGCCCUCGACGUCUCUACCGCGUUUCUGAACGCGUUCCUCCCUGUGGACAAGAAACGAGUGGUCAUUCGCCCACCGGCCAUCUUCGUCAAGUUCGGGCUGGUGCCGGCGGGCGAGCUCUGGGUGGCCGAGAGGGCCAUCUACGGGCUGAGGUGCUCACCGAAGGCUUGGGGCGAUCUGCGCAACGCGGAGCUCCGCAAGCUGACGUUCACCGUCGGCGCGCUCCAGUGCCACCUCGAGCAGUCUGCGGUCGAUAGCUCGGUCUGGCUCGUCAAGGCUAACGGGGUGGACGACGUCUUGGGCUAUGCGCUGAGCUACGUGGGCGACUUCUUGUUCAUGGGCUCCGAGGGCGCGGUGAGGACCCUGCAGACCUCCAUCGGCGCGCUCUGGACUACGAGUUCCCAGAAGAUCAUCUCCCCGGACUGUCCGGGAACCAUUCGGCACUUGUCCAUCGACAUCGGCAUAAACCCCUACCGCCUGACGCUGAGCCAACGCGAAUACGUCAACGACAUGCUGAUGAAGUGGAACAUUGCCCAGUGCAACAGCUGCCAGUCGAUCAACCCCGACGAUGAGAUCUACCUGCCCUUCCAGCCCGAGGACGACGAGGAGAAGCCUGACCCUGAUGAUGUGCGCGGUGCGCAACGGAUGGCAGGUGGACUCCUUUGGCUUUCGAGCCGCACUCGGCCAGACCUGUCCUACAGCGUCUCGCGGAUCUCCAGCCAUGCGACUCGGAGGCCGCAUGCGUCCCUCCUUCUGGGCAAGGUCUUGCGGUGCUUGGCGGCUACCCGCCAGUUGGCGCUGGUCUACGUGCUGAACACCCCCCACGAGCUGCAGGACCUCAUCUGCCAGUUGGACGUCUUCUCGGAUGCCAGCCAUGGCGAUGCGGGCGCGCAGACAGGCGUCACUUGUUUCAUGCAUGGGCGCAUGCUGGUCGACUGGCGCAGCUUGAGGCAGCAGUUGGUCUGCUUCUCGACGGCCGAGGCGGAGAUGAAGGGUCUCGCCCUCAGCUGCCAGCUGCUCUACGGUCUGGAGGCGACGGCUCUGAUGCGCGCCGACGGGCUCACCAAGAGCAAGGGGCCCGACCACAUGGCGAAGGUCAGGGCCCACUUCUGA